UCCCCUCCCCUCUCCCACACGCACAACACACUCACUGUGUGAACCCAAAACAAAUUCAACUUAAACCACCAAAAAGUCACCGGUUUAUUCCACCACCACCACCACCACCAUCACACACAUAAAGCAUGGCCGCCAAGCUACUUCUGUUGUUCGCUAUAUGCCGUCUCAUCGUCAUCGUUGGAUUAACUCUCGACCCUACCACCGACCCGAUCGUGAUAGUCGGAAUGGACGGUCAAUUAAGCGUCGAUCGCCACGACAUCGAGUCUGUUUCAGUCGACUUCGGUAAGAUGACCCGAACCGAACCGACUGCAGUUCUCCAUCCGGCAUCCUCCGACGACGUCGUAAAGCUAGUGAGGUUAGCUUACGAGUCGGCUCACGGAUUCUCCGUGUCGGCUAGAGGCCACGGCCAUUCAAUCAACGGCCAAUCUCAAACCGGCAAUGGAGUAGUGAUUAAAAUGAGCGGAUCGAGAAGAAAUCCGCCGGUGCCAGUGGUCUCCGAGAAGUUGAUGUAUGUGGACGCGUGGGGUGGGGAGCUUUGGAUUGAUGUGCUCAAGUCCACGCUAAAAUAUGGAGUCGCACCUAAAUCGUGGACUGAUUACUUAUACCUUUCUGUUGGUGGUACACUCUCUAAUGCAGGAAUCAGUGGGCAAGCAUUCAACCAUGGCCCUCAGAUCAACAAUGUUCAUGAGAUGGAUGUGGUCACAGGAAAAGGUGAGUUGUUGACAUGCUCCAUGGAUAAAAACCCGCAACUGUUUCAUGCUGUUCUUGGCGGGUUGGGUCAAUUCGGGAUCAUAACCAGAGCUAGAAUCGCAUUAGAACAUGCGCCUCAAAGAGUUAGAUGGAUUCGGGUUUUGUAUUCGAAUUUCUCGGCUUUUACUCAUGAUCAAGAGUAUCUAAUAUCGUUACACGAUCAACCACAAUCUCAAAAGUUUGAUUACGUCGAGGGUUCUGUAAUCGUUGACGAAGGCCUAAUCAACAACUGGAGAUCGUCUUUCUUCUCCCCUAAAAACCCCGUCAAGAUUUCAUCUCUUGGCGCCGGUGGGAAUGUCUUGUACUGCUUGGAAAUCACCAAGAAUUACUACGCCGACUCUAACCCAAAAUCGAUCGAUCAGGAAGUUGAAGGUUUGUUGAAGAGAUUAAACUAUAUACCAGCAUCAACCUUCACUAGUGACCUGCCUUACGUGGAUUUCUUGGACCGGGUUCACAAGGCUGAGAAGAGGCUCCGGUCCAAGGGGUUGUGGGAGGUACCCCACCCAUGGCUUAACCUGUUUGUACCCAAAUCAAGAAUUGGGGAUUUCGAUAAAGGAGUGUUCAAGGGCAUUUUGGGUAAUAAGACUAGUGGCCCCAUCCUCAUCUACCCCAUGAACAAAAACAAGUGGAAUGAAAACGUAUCAGUGGUGACACCAGAUGAGGACAUAUUUUACUUGGUGGCGUUGCUUCGAUCCGCAUUGGAUAAUGGGGAAGAGACAUUGACGCUAAAACACUUGCUUGAAGAAAACCGCAAGAUUUUGAAGUUUUGUAAGGAAUCGAAGAUCAAAGUGAAACAGUAUUUGCCGCACUAUACGACGCAAAAGGAAUGGAUGGAGCAUUACGGAGAAAAAUGGCCCCAGAUUCAUCAGAGGAAAAUGGAGUUUGACCCUCAUCACAUAUUAGCCACCGGCCAAAGAAUAUUCGAGCCUGGUUUUUCUUCCAUUACAAGAUCGUGGUGAGCUAGAAAAGUACGGGAAAAGAUAGUAGUAGUGGUAUAAGCAGACAACAGUUACUGACCUCUCAUGUACAUAAUGAUGCAAUGCAACGUUAUAAUAGAAGAGGAAAUUAACCGUUUUUUUGUCC